UGUAUUUUUAUUUUUUGGGUGUCUUGUUAAUCUCCGCGUAGCAGCCGGGGAAAGGGAGUCAAUGGAAUUGACGCUCUGAGAUCGGAGUAUUGCAGCCCCUGGACAAGUGGGAGGAGAAGAAGGGGGGCAGCCAAGUAACCCCCCCCCCCAAGUGAAGUCAGGCGAAGGGGGAGAGAAGAAAGAGAGGAAAGGGAAAAGGAGAGAAACCGGGACUAAGAGGCAGGGAGCCGGCGACUUCUGGGGAACAACUUGUUGCGAACAGAUUUGCCAAGUAGGAGUCAGCGUCUCACUCCCCGCCGGGACUGGAGGGAGCAAACGCGCCGCGUCUCGCUCCUGGUCCGCACCGCCGGGCGCCGGGGUCCACGCUCGCAGCCGAGGGGAGAUGCCGUUUGGACCAUGUAACAUCGCUGCCAGGAGUUGAGGCCGCCUUUCCCACGAACCAUGAAGCUGGCCGAGCGACUCGUGUGCUGGGUCAGCUGCCUGGUGAUCUCCGGGACCCUCCAGCCCGGCGCGGCGCAGGCAGUGUGCGCUGGUACUGAGAACAAGCUGAGUUCUCUGUCUGAUCUUGAGCAGCAGUAUCGUGCGUUGCGCAAGUACUAUGAGAACUGUGAGGUAGUCAUGGGCAACCUGGAAAUCACCAACAUUGAACACAACCGUGAUCUUUCCUUCCUCCGGUCUAUCCGAGAAGUCACGGGAUACGUCCUGGUAGCUUUGAAUCAGUUUGAGUACCUCCCGUUAGAGAACCUACGCAUCAUUCGUGGGACAAAACUCUACGAGGACCGGAAUGCCUUGGAGAUAUUUCUUAACUACAAAAAGGAUGGUAAUUUUGGACUCAGGGAACUUGGCCUGAAGAACUUGACUGAAAUACUGAAUGGAGGGGUAUACGUUGGCCAGAACAAGUUUCUUUGCUACGCCGACACCAUUCAUUGGCAGGAUAUCGUGCGUAACCCACGGGCUUCCAACUUCACUUUGGUUCCAACAAAUGGCAGUUCAGGAUGUGGGCGAUGCCACAAGUCCUGCACAGGCCGAUGUUGGGGACCCACAGAAAACCACUGCCAGAGCUUGACAAAGACAGUGUGUGCAGAGCAAUGUGAUGGACGUUGCUACGGGCCGUACGUCAGUGACUGCUGCCAUCGGGAAUGCGCUGGAGGCUGUUCCGGACCUAAAGACACUGAUUGCUUUGCCUGCAUGAAUUUCAACGACAGCGGCGCGUGUGUCACUCAGUGCCCCCAGACUUUUGUUUACAAUCCCACCACCUUCCAGCUGGAGCACAACCACAACGCCAAAUACACCUACGGAGCUUUUUGUGUCAAGAAGUGCCCACAUAACUUUGUGGUAGAUUCCAGCUCUUGUGUGCGUGCCUGUCCCAGCUCCAAGAUGGAGGUGGAAGAAAAUGGUAUAAAGAUGUGCAAACCCUGCACUGACAUUUGUCCUAAAGCAUGUGAUGGCAUCGGCACAGGGAGUUUGACGUCCGCUCAAACCGUUGAUUCCAGCAACAUUGACAAGUUCAUAAACUGUACCAAGAUCAACGGGAACCUGAUCUUUCUUGUCACUGGGAUUCAUGGGGACCCCUAUCACACAAUUGCAGCAAUGGACCCAGAGAAAUUAAAUAUCUUCCAAACAGUCAGAGAGAUAACAGGUUUCUUGAAUAUUCAGUCAUGGCCCCAAAACAUGACAGAUUUCCGUGUGUUUUCUAACUUGGUUACUAUAGGUGGAAGAGCCCUAUAUAGUGGCCUUUCCUUACUCAUCCUGAAGCAACAGGCAAUUACCUCUCUACAGUUCCAGUCACUGAAGCAGAUCAGUGCUGGCAACAUCUACAUCACUGACAAUACCAACCUGUGCUACUAUCACACCAUCAACUGGACCAGCCUGUUCAGCACGCCCAACCAAAAGACAGUGAUCCACCACAACAAAAAGCCUGAGAACUGCACUGCAGAGGGAAAGGUGUGUAACAACUUGUGCUCAAGUGAUGGCUGUUGGGGGCCAGGGCCAGACCAAUGUCUGUCCUGCAAACGCUUCAGCAGAGGAAGGACGUGUAUAGAGUCUUGUAACCUUUAUGAUGGGGAAUUUCGAGAGUUUGCGAAUGGUUCUGUGUGUGUGGAGUGUGAUCCCCAGUGUGAGAAGAUGGAAGAUAACAUGAUCACAUGCUAUGGGCCGGGACCAGACCACUGUACCAAGUGUUUCCAUUUUAAGGAUGGCCCCAACUGUGUGGAAAAGUGCCCCGAUGGCUUACAGGGGGCAAACAGCUUCAUUUUCAAAUACGCCGACGAGGACCGUGAGUGUCACCCUUGUCAUCCAAACUGCACGCAAGGGUGUAGAGGCCCCACUAGUCAUGACUGCAUUUACUAUCCAUGGACUCGCCAGUCCACCUCACCACAGCAUGCUAGAACCCCCCUGAUUGCUGCAGGCGUGAUUGGUGGACUCUUUAUCAUCAUCAUUGUGGGCCUGACGUUUGCCGUUUAUGUUCGGCGGAAAAGCAUCAAAAAGAAGAGGGCCUUGCGGAGGUUCCUGGAGACCGAGCUGGUGGAGCCCUUGACCCCAAGUGGCACAGCACCCAACCAAGCACAGCUUCGCAUCCUGAAGGAAACUGAGCUAAAGCGAGUCAAGGUCCUUGGCUCUGGGGCCUUUGGAACCGUGUAUAAGGGUAUUUGGGUUCCUGAAGGAGAAACAGUAAAGAUUCCUGUGGCUAUUAAAAUCCUUAAUGAGACGACUGGUCCCAAGGCAAAUGUGGAGUUCAUGGAUGAAGCGCUUAUCAUGGCAAGCAUGGAUCAUCCACACCUGGUGCGAUUACUGGGCGUCUGCUUGAGCCCUACCAUUCAGCUCGUCACUCAGCUGAUGCCCCAUGGCUGCUUGUUGGACUAUGUUCACGAACACAAGGAUAACAUUGGCUCACAGCUCCUGCUGAACUGGUGUGUCCAGAUAGCCAAGGGAAUGAUGUACCUGGAAGAGAGGAGACUGGUUCACCGGGACUUAGCAGCCCGGAAUGUCCUGGUAAAAUCACCAAACCAUGUGAAGAUCACUGACUUUGGCCUGGCCAGGCUCCUGGAAGGCGAUGAAAAAGAGUACAACGCUGAUGGAGGGAAGAUGCCAAUUAAGUGGAUGGCUUUGGAAUGUAUACACUACAGGAAAUUCACCCAUCAGAGCGAUGUUUGGAGCUAUGGUGUCACUAUCUGGGAGCUUAUGACCUUUGGCGGAAAACCCUACGAUGGAAUCCCGACCCGAGAAAUUCCUGACCUGUUAGAGAAAGGGGAACGGUUGCCCCAGCCUCCUAUCUGCACCAUUGAUGUUUACAUGGUGAUGGUGAAAUGCUGGAUGAUUGAUGCUGACAGUCGGCCUAAAUUCAAGGAAUUGGCUGCUGAAUUUUCUAGAAUGGCUCGAGACCCUCAAAGAUACCUUGUCAUUCAGGGUGAUGACCGUAUGAAGCUCCCGAGUCCAAAUGACAGCAAAUUCUUCCAAAAUCUGCUGGACGAGGAAGACCUGGAAGAUAUGAUGGAUGCUGAGGAAUAUUUAGUUCCUCAGGCCUUUAACAUCCCUCCUCCUAUCUAUACCUCCAGGGCUAGAAUCGACUCCAACAGGAGUGAACUUGGACACAGCCCUCCUCCUGCCUACGCCCCUAUGUCAGGAAACCAGUUUGUGUACAGAGGCGGCGGCUUUGCUACAGAACAAGGAGUGCCUGCGCCAUACAGAGCUGUCAGCUGCAUCACUCCAGAGGCGCCAGCCAUCCAGGGGGCCACGGCAGAGAUCUUUGACGACACUUGCUGUAAUGGUACGCUACGGAAGCAGGUGGCCGCCCUUGCACAAGAGGACAGCAGCACUCAGCGGUACAGCGCUGACCCAACAGUGUUUGUACCAGAGCGGGGCCAACGGGGUGAGCUGGAUGAAGAUGGGUACAUGACUCCAAUGCGAGACAAACCCAAAACAGAUUACCUGAACCCAGUAGAGGAGAACCCAUUUGUCUCGCGACGAAAGAACGGUAAUCUUCAAGCUCUGGACAACCCUGAGUAUCACAGCGCCCCGAACGGGCAGCCCAAAGCAGAGGACGAGUAUGUGAACGAGCCGUUGUACCUCAGCACCUUUGCUAAUACCUUGGAAAACGCAGAGUACCUGAAGAACAAUGGGCUUCCUUUGCCAGAGAAAUCCAAGAAGGCCUUCAACAACCCGGAUUACUGGAAUCACAGUCUGCCACCGCGAAGCACCCUCCAGCACCCGGACUACCUGCAGGAGUACAGCACAAAAUAUUUUUACAAACAAAAUGGACGGAUCCGGCCCAUCGUGGCAGAGAACCCUGAAUACCUCUCUGAGUUCUCCCUGAAGCCUGGCACUGUGCUGCCCCCACCACCCUACAGACAUCGAAACACGGUGGUGUAG